UGCACAAAGGUCUUAAGUUUCUUGCCAGCGCUGUGGUCUGGAGGACGCCAUGAGCUUGCUGCUCUAAAGUAUCACUCAUGUAAGAAGGAAAAAAAAAAAAAAACCACCUAAAAUUGCAUCAAAGUAUGUCGAGCAUUGUGAACGUCCUGCUUCUCCGUCAAUCACAGAGCAUCAGUGAAGUCGUAAGCUAGUCCCGGGGGGCAGUUCUUAGACCCACGCGCUGUCAGUCUGGUCCUGCAAGAAACUUGACUCCUGGAGAAAGUUACACACGCACGAGUUUUACUAGAGGAAAUGCUGGGUCUUAAAGGAGUCCGUUGAACCAUUCCUUCUAAAUGUUACUGCACAAGGCCACGGGCUACAGUAUAAGCCAUUAAAUACACGUCUGUAGAUUAAACUGCAGGUUCCAGGAUGGGUCGACUUGAUGGGAAGGUCAUUGUCCUCACAGCUGCUGCUCAGGGGAUCGGCCGGGCAGCUGCGUUGGCUUUUGCAAGAGAAGGUGCCAAAGUCAUAGCCACAGAUAUCAAUGAAUCCAAACUUCAGGAACUGGAAAAGUACCCAGGUAUUCACACUCGGGUCCUUGAUGUCACAAAGAAGAAGCAAAUUGACCAGUUUGCCAAUGACAUUGAGAGACUUGAUGUUCUCUUUAAUGUUGCUGGCUUCGUCCAUCACGGAACCAUCCUGGACUGUGAGGAGACAGACUGGGACUUCUCGAUGAACCUCAACGUCCGCAGCAUGUACCUGAUGAUCAAGGCCUUUCUUCCUAAGAUGCUGGCUCAGAAAUCUGGCAACAUUAUCAACAUGUCCUCUGUGGCUUCCAGCAUCAAAGGCGUUGUGAACAGGUGCGUGUACAGCACAACCAAGGCGGCAGUGAUCGGCCUCACCAAGUCCGUGGCUGCAGACUUCAUCCAGCAGGGUAUCCGAUGCAACUGUGUGUGUCCAGGAACAGUUGAUACCCCAUCUCUGCAAGAAAGAAUACAAGCCAGACCAAAUCCUGAAGAGGCACUGAGCGAUUUCCUAAAGAGACAGAAAACAGGAAGAUUCGCAACUGCAGAAGAAGUAGCCCUGCUCUGCGUGUACUUGGCCUCUGAUGAAUCUGCCUACGUCACGGGUAAUCCUGUUAUCAUUGAUGGAGGCUGGAGUUUGUGAUUUCAGUCAGGGUCUCCUUGCUGGGAAGGCGGGCCCUUCCUGACCACAGUGAACCUGCUUACGAAGAAAACUCACCCAACCUCUCUUUCCAAUUAACGGCAAAUUAAUGAAAACAAGACCUUUGAUGAUGUCAUUGUUCACAAGUAUCUGAGUCUUGAAAUACAUUAAUCUCUUUCUAGUCUGUUCUGAAAUCAUUGUAGAUUGGUGAGAUAAUGAACUCCCUGCAAAAAAAAAUUUUUAAGAAUAAGUCUCAGUUUGUAAGCAUGUAAAAAUUAAAAUGUGAAUAUGAAGAAAAAUA